AGUAACUAAGAUGGCAGCUCUUUUAAAAGCUCGAAAAGCCCUAAGUGUUGCUGUGGGAUGUGGCUCUCGUUGCCUGUCACAGCUCGCGGAAUUACCUGAGCUUCAUCAGAUGCUGAGGCAGACAUGUCAGGACUAUGCUGCAAAGGAACUUGCUCCCAUUGCUGCUCAACUGGAUAAAAAUCAUUCUUUUCCAGCCAAACAGAUUCGGGAACUUGGAGCAAUGGGUGUGAUGGCCAUGGAGGUUCCAGAGAGCCUUGGCGGAGCUGGAAUGGAUUAUCUGGCCUACAGCUUAGCUGUUGAGGAGAUAAGCAGAGGUUGUGCUUCCACUGGGGUCAUCGUUAGUGUUAAUAAUUCAUUAUACAUUGGCCCCAUUCUGAAGUUUGGCACAGAGAAGCAAAAAGAGGAGUGGAUAUCUCCAUUUACCACUGGAGAAAAAGUAGGCUGUUUUGCUUUGAGUGAGCCAGGUAAUGGAAGUGAUGCAGGUGCUGCCUCUACGCUGGCAAGACAGGAGGGAGAUGAAUGGGUGCUGAAUGGAACCAAAGCCUGGAUUACCAACUGCUGGGAUGCUUCUGCUGCUGUUGUGUUUGCCACAACAGACAAGAGCUUAAAACACAAGGGAAUCAGUGCCUUCCUGAUACCUAUGCCUCAUCCAGGCCUAUCACUUGGAAAGAAAGAGGAUAAGUUAGGAAUCAGGGCCUCAUCCACAGCAAACCUGAUUCUGGAGGAUUGUCGUGUACCACUGGGCAACUUACUGGGCCAGCGUGGCAUGGGCUUCAAGAUAGCCAUGCAAACAUUGGACAGUGGACGAAUUGGUAUCGCAUCUCAGGCCCUUGGGAUAGCACAGGCGGCUCUUGACUGUGCAGCUGAUUAUGCUCUUAAGAGGACAACUUUUGGAGCACCAAUUGCAAAAAUGCAAGCUAUACAGUUUAAGUUGGCAGACAUGGCUGUUGCUACAGAAAGUGCUCGUCUUCUCACCUGGAAAGCUGCACUUUUACGUGACGCAAAAAAACCCUUCUCCAAGGAGGCUGCUAUGGCAAAGCUGGCUGCAUCUGAGGCUGCAACAUUUGUAUCACAUCAGGCCAUCCAGGUGUUGGGAGGAAUGGGCUAUGUAACAGACAUGCCUGCUGAAAGACACUACCGUGAUGCUCGUAUCACUGAAAUCUAUGAGGGGACAAGUGAGAUUCAAAGGCUUGUUAUUGCAAAUCAGGUUUUGAAGCAAUAUCAACAAUAGGUCUGUGACAUGCAACAGAUGUUAAUGUCAGUACAGAAACAAGUAUGUAUUUUUAACUUAGUUAAUUUUCUAUGCUGUUCUUGAGGGUGCCAUAUUUAAAGAUUAAAGUAAAGAAGGUAGCAGAGAAAAACCGUUGUACAGUAGCAUUUUUGCAUACCACAAGAGUGCAGCAGAGUGCAUGUGCUUCUGCCUUAUGCCAAGUUCACACUACGCGACUUUCCAAGUCGUCGGGUCGCUGUACAGUUCACACUACACAACUGAAUCUCUUGCACUCGGGAGUCUUUCAGUCGGUGUAUAUUUCACACUACACGACUGAUCGGCGACAGGGGGUUUCACACUACACGAUCUAUCACUAACUGGAAUCGCAGACGAGCUUCUCUGGUCUCCCUUUUUUUUCUUCUUUACAAAAACACACGUGAGAAGUGACGAGGGGUUUAAUGAUACCACGUCCAAAAAUGCACGUCAACAAGUAGCGAGUGAUCAAAGUGUUUUUGUGCAGAUGUGCAGUGCAAAAUCAAGGAGGAAAAAUAAAUGAAUCCGAGUGGAUUUGGCAACACGAACAGUAUAGAUUGUUCUAUAGUAAGUUUGAGGUUAAUUAAUAAUUUUGCAAUGCAGCGUGGGUAUUAUGUUUUGUAGAGGACGAUCAAAUCAGAAAUACUGUAAAACGUGUGUGUGCUGGUGUAUUCUGAUAUAAACUAUAUUAAUUAAGCCCCUUCCCUCCUGCGUUUCCCCUCACACCGUAUCCUGUGUUCUCAUUGGCUGUUCGACAUGUCACUCAUUCCCAGUUGCACAUCUGAGAUCAGAUAUCUGACGUGCUAGAAAUCUCAAUCCAGUUGCCGAGCGGUCGGCGAGCCGGUCAGGUCGAGUUGUUGGAUAGUUCACACUUAGCGAUCGAGAGCCAAGUUUUGAUCGCCGAUUGAACGCUGAGUUGCUCCCGAGCCGGAAAAUCAAGCGCCGAGCGAAAAUCAGGGCAAAAAUCGUGUAGUGUGAACUAGGCAUUAUGUGUCAGACCUGAUGUGUCUAUGAUUACUUCCUAGAAAGUUAGCAACAUAAUAAAAAAAUUUUUAUUAAACACCCAA